GUGGCAGUAUACACCCUUAAGUGGAUUUGCAAGUCUGCAGUCGACACAGAGUAGAAGAAGAACAACAAGAUGGCGGAACGUGGCUACAGUUUUUCCCUCACCACAUUUAGCCCUUCGGGUAAACUGGUCCAGAUUGAAUAUGCCCUGGCAGCCGUAGCAGCCGGAGCACCCUCAGUUGGCAUUAAAGCUUCCAAUGGAGUUGUCCUGGCAACAGAGAAGAAACAAAAGUCCAUUCUGUAUGAUGAGCAGAGUGUCCAUAAAGUGGAGCCCAUCACUAAACAUAUAGGCAUGGUCUACAGCGGCAUGGGGCCUGACUAUAGGGUUUUAGUGCGACGAGCCAGGAAGUUGGCACAACAGUACUUCCUGGUUUACCAAGAGCCAAUCCCAACAGGCCAGCUUGUCCAGAGAGUGGCCUCUGUAAUGCAGGAGUACACACAGUCUGGUGGAGUGCGUCCAUUUGGCGUUUCGUUGCUGAUAGCUGGAUGGGAUGAAGACCACCCCUACCUGUUCCAGUCAGACCCUUCUGGUGCAUAUUUUGCAUGGAAAGCCACAGCCAUGGGAAAGAACUAUGUUAAUGGAAAAACAUUCCUUGAAAAAAGGUAUAACAAUGAUCUGGAGUUGGAAGAUGCCAUCCAUACAGCCAUCUUGACAUUGAAGGAGAGCUUUGAGGGUCAGAUGACAGAGGAGAACAUUGAGGUGGGGAUCUGCAACGAGGCCGGCUUCAAAAGACUCACCCCAGCGGAGGUGAAAGACUACCUGGCAGCCAUUGCGUGAACACGCCCUCCCUGGUGACGGGGCUUUCUGGCCACAUUUCAUGACAUAAAAGCACAACAGCCAACAGUCUCAUGACACAUUGCAAACCAGUUAUUCAGGUAUUUUGGCCACAUUGUGUUAACAGCGAUAGUGUUUUUGACCUGAAAACAUGAGAGGACGCCAGCCAUAACUUCUCUAUAUUCAAGAUUAUUAAGGAUCAGACAACCUGUUUAGGAUAAUGCCCAGGCCUAUUUACUUAAAGUGGCAGUCUUGUGUGUGCAGCUAAUGUGGCUGCCACUCACAAUUGCAUAGACUAAACUCCAUCAGUGGCUCUGAGGUGACAAACUCAUGUUAUCACAUAACUAAUUUGCUUUGUUGUUGAAACAUACUGUGAAAUGUGACAGUUGGCUGCUGUGCAUAUGAAAAGGAAUGUGGGUUCUGAUAAGUGAAAUCUCAAGUCUUUCAUUGAAUCCUUCUAUUUUCUUUGUUGAAAAUCCAGCACGGUUGUUUUAUAUUUACUCAGAAUUUGAUUGCUUGUAACCAUUUUGGCAAAUGGCCUCUGGUUUAACAAAAAGCUAAAAAUUAAAAUGGUAAUGAGCCUAGCAGUUAUUAAAUACAGGAAAGAGCUUUGGUCUUGGGUUUACUCACCUUGGAGAUUGGUAGUUUUCCCUUUAUCCUGACUGCACUUCAUUAGUAUCCCUCAAACACUAGGAAUGAGGAUCCACAAAAGGGAGGAUGCAAUGGAAAGUUG